AUGGCGAUCAAAGGCCAGGCAAUGGCCGACUUUAUAGAAGAGUUCACCAUUCCAAAUGUCAAUGUCAUAGACACGGGCAUGGAGGCCAUCCCAUUGACUCUGCCAGCUCUCCCACUUCUCAAGGAUACAGAGCCAGAUAGAGGAGAGAGUAGAUGGACUCUCUUUAUGGACGAAUCGUCCAAUUCUAAGUGCACUGGGGCAGGGAUCGUCCUAGUUGUGCCUGACUCAACCACCAUUCAGUACACCAUCAGACUCAGUUUCAAGGCCUCUAAUAAUGAGGCAGAGUAUGAGGCUCUAUUGGCUGGACUUAGACCGGUGAAUAUUAUCUGUCGGUUCGGAGUGUCACAUACCAUUAUCUCCGACAACAGGAAGCAGUUUGACAAUGACAGAUUCAAAGGCAUGUUUAGGGGGCUUGACAUCUCAAAUGCAUACUCCUUACCCCAUCACCCACAGUCCAAUGGGCAGGUGGAAGCUGUGAACAAGGUCAUUAAACACCACCUCAAGAUGAAGUUAGAAAAAGCUAAAGGGAAGUGGUUGGACGAGCUCCCAUUUGUUUUAUGGGCUUACAGGACCACAACCCAAUCGUUUAUUGGGGGAACUCCCUUUUCACUAUCCUAUGGCUGGGAGGCGAUUCUCCCAGUCAAGAUCGGCCUCCCCGCAGCUCGGGUGAGGAAUUACCAGGAGGAUUAA